ACGCGUUUUGGUUUUCAUUUUAAUUUUCCAGACAGUUUCCACCAUCAUCGUCCCUCUUGUUCGUAGAAACUGCAAGUUCUCACAUAGGCUCUGCUGAAUUUCGAAAGCCCCCACCAACGAUGUUACGGAGGUCCGUUCUACAGCUCGCAUCUCGUGGUUCAUCCUAUAGGAUUCCGUUGCGUACAGCAACUCAGAUACCUUCAUACCUUUCUUCCAGAAGGGCUUUCUCUGUUUCCCAGAAGACUGGGCCACACAAACCUGGUCUGGGAAACAAUACCCCCGAACAACAGAGUUCAUUCCCAAAAAUUCUAACUGGAGGUCUUGCAUUGGGUUCUGUAUUCUUUGCCGCUUACUAUUACGGGCUUCUUGACAGAUACCUUGGCAACUUGCAACCAAGCAUCAGUGAAACCAAACAUCAGAUUGAGGAUAACAGAACACAGAAGUUGUCAGAACAGCAAAAUCUAGACCAUCAAACCAGUGAAACAAUAUCUGGCACAAAGGAGUCUGAUAUAUCAAUUAUUGAUGAAAAUCUAUCCAAAAAGGAUGACACAAAUUCAGGGUUGAGCAUUCCUGAAAAUUCAAUCCAAGCAGAUGUAGGCAAAAAUUCUCAAUCAAAGCAUACAGAGGAUUUGAAACCCGAAAAUAUUGAACAAAGAGAUAUCCCUCAAAUCAACCCCUCAUCAGAAAAUGUUUUUUCUGUUGAAAGGAGAGAGAUGCCUUGUGACUCUCAAAGUAAUCAACCAUCAGAUGAUAUAAAUAGAGACAAAUCAGCUGAGGAAAAUCUUGACAUCAAGAAUCCAGGUUUAAAGCCUGGCCUCAACCUGGCACAGGGAGAGCAAGCUGCUAAAGAUGCACCAGAGGGAGAUGGAUCCCAAAAAUCUAAAUCCUUACUUGAUGAUUACCUUUUGAGAGAGAGUUUUGAUGAAUCUAGCACAACUGACUCCAAACUCAAGGAUAUAGGGUCCAUGAUAGAGUAUCCUUAUGAUGGUUUCAUAACCAAAGAUGGGAAAUUGGUUCUUGACUUCUUGCAAGCCAUACAUGCUGCUGAGGAAAGGCAAGCACAGUUGGAUGCCCGAUCAUUCAGUGAAGAGAAGAGGACAAUUAAGGAGAAAUAUGAAAAGGAACUUAAGGAUGCUAGGGUCAGGGAACUGAUGUAUGCUGAGAGAGAAGCCAUUCUUGAAAAGGAACUGAGUAAAGAAAGAGUUAAAGCUGCUGUUGCUCUCAAAUCUCUUCAAGAAAAAUUAGAAGAGAAACUCAAAACAGAACUUGAACAGAAGGAAAGGGAAGCAGAGCAGAAACAGACAGAACUUCAGGAGAUAGCUAAAGCUGAAUUAUCUGCUGCUAUUGCUCGUGAGAAGGCUUCCCAGAUUGAGAGGAUGGCUGAAGCAGAUCUUCACAUAAAUGCCUUGUGCAUGGCAUUUUUUGCCCGCUCGGAAGAAGCCCGCCAGAAUAAUUCUGUUCACAAGCUUGCCCUGGGAGCACUUUCAUUGGAAGAUGCAUUAUCUAAAGGCAUGCCUAUUCAAAAGGAAAUUGAGGCCCUCCACACUCAUAUUGAAGGCAUUGACAAUGAUUCACUGAUAGCUCUGGUUCUCUCAUCGCUUCCCGAAGACACCCAAAAAUAUGGAACAGAUACUAUGUCCAAUCUGAACCACAAGUUCGAUGCAUUGAAGGGGACUCUGAGGCACUUCAGUCUUAUCCCACCCGGUGGGGGCGGGAUAUUGACACAUUCUUUGGCCCACGUUGCCUCCUGGUUGAAGGUACAGAAGGUAGACGAGUCUGGUGAUGGUAUUGAAUCUUUGAUACAUCGAGUUGAGAAUCUGCUAGCUCAGGGGAAACUAUGUGAAGCUGCAGAUAUGCUUGAAAAUGGAGUUAAAGGCAGCAAGGCAGCAGAAGUUGUUGAUGACUGGGUUAGGCAAGCUAGAAACCGGGCCAUUACAGAACAAGCUCUGACUGUUCUGCAUUCCUAUGCAACCUCUAUAAGCCUCACAUAAAUCUAGCCCGGAUGUCCCUAUCGGGCUGAGUUUUGUCACAGCAUUACUACUAUGGAACUUCCUGCGCCCCUCUAUCACACAGUUUUUUGGAUUUCUCCGACUCUAGGUACCCUUCUCAACUCAACAGCUUAUUUUCCUUGUUCCAAUUCUGUUGUAUUGUGCCGUGAAUAAAAGUAAAUAUUGUUAUGAGAGACUACCCCUAUUUCUAUGUCUGUCCGGCCAUCUUAUACCGGCAGGUGGUUUCGCUGCAAUUGAGCUUGGUCUGAGGAAUAGGUAAAUUAGGUGUAUUUGACAAGCAAAUAAGGAAAGAUGAAGAUUGACUCCAUGUUUUUGACGAUGGUUACAUUGUUCGACAGAUCUCGAGGUAUGUCAGGAUUUAUCAUGUAAGUUUUAUUUUUGAGAGUGACAGACAGUUGAUGCAUCAAAGAAUUGGUUUGCAUUUUCACAGCUGGUUUUCUGCUGUUCAGUCCCAAUCAUUCAUUCCCUUCAUAUUCUCAACUCAA